CAUUUGUCAAACAAUUGCGCGUAUGUGUCAAAUAAAUUCAGUGAACCGAUAGACGGUUCCUUUGUUUUUAUUUCGUUUGAAUCCCAUCCAAGAAAGAUGAGUACAUUUUCUGGAUUUCUAGAUGAAAUCGAAUAUGUAUCCAUCGAUCGAUUUACACAGCUCAAUUUCCGAUCGAAAGCAUUUUUUCUUUCGCAUUGCCACACGGACCAUAUGAUCGGUUUAAAUGAAAUCAAUUCAGAGGUGCAGCUACCGGGCUCACUGUAUUUAAGUGAAAUUUCCAAAGUUAUCGUGCAGAGACGGUAUCCGGCUGUUAAAAAUUUGGUGAUUCUUAAAAUAGGCGAGGCAACUCCAAUAUCGUUUGCGAUUUCCGAAUGUGAUGAAAUUGACCAAUCGAUCGGAAGAACAUCGGUGACUGCAAUUCCAGCAGGUCAUUGUCCUGGCUCCGUAAUGUUUUUAUUUGAACAAGGCAACAAAAGGAUAUUGUACACUGGCGAUUUUCGAUUAUAUCGUGAAGAUAUCGAAGGGAUCAUUGCUUUGAAAAAGUUUCACGAAAACAUCAAUUUAGACUGUUUGUAUUUGGAUUCAACGUUUUUAUCAUUGGACUAUGCAUAUUUUCCAAAACAACGCGAAAGUAUUAACACAAUAAUUGAAUUGACUGAAAAAUGGUUAGAGGCAAAUCCAAAGAAUAUCGUAUAUAUUCGACCACCCGCCAACUAUGGCUAUGAAUUUCUUCUUGUGCAACUUUCACAAUAUUUUAAAGUUAAAAUCCAUGUUACAAAUGCAACAUUCAAAGAUUACGUGUAUAUUCCCGACAUUGACACAUAUAUUAGCAAUAAUCCAUAUCACUGUGGCCGAAUUCACUUGUGCCCGUCAGGCAAUGCCAAUCAAUGGAAACUAAGGAAAAGUUUAUGCUUACCCAAGCUGGACGAGCGUCACAUUUGCAUAAUUCGGCCGACGGCGAUGAAAUGGAGGAAAUUAGCCGCAAACGAUAUACAUUAUGAAUCACAUGCUGAAGUGCCCAACUCCUAUUCGGUUUGCUAUUCAAAUCAUUCAAGUCACGACGAAAUCAAGUUUCUGAUUCAAUAUCUUCGGCCGAAAAUCGUCAAACUGAAUGUUGUCCCCAAUAAUGUUUGUCAAAAGAAUGCAAUGUACGGCGUAUUAGAUGAGAUUACCAAAGAGUAUCAAACAGAUGAACAAAAAAUUGACAUGGAAGUCCAAGAAUCGAAGUGUAUCGAAUACAACUUCCAUAGAAUAACAUCAAUUGCUACUAAAAGUUCUAUUUCCUUGGAAAAAGAUGAAAUUUCGCUACUAAAAGUCAAGAAACGCCGAAGAAUUUAGACCAAUUGUACUGAUUUUAUGUAAUUUUAUUUCUUUGCUUUAUUUUUUUCUUCUUUUUUUUUAAUUUUUGUGUUUGUUUAACGCUUGACAAAUACAAUUGUUUUAUUAAUGACAUUUUUACAAUAAAAAAAACUAAUAAUUAAA